CUUGAGCUUCAAGGAUCAUUACAGUAAAAAACAAGAAAAAUAAUUUCUAAACCACUUUGAGUGGAAAUUCUUGCCUUGUUUGUACCGGAAUUUGUGUCUGGAAGGAGUCACGAAGGGUCAACGAAGACGAAACGCUACUAAAUGAUGGAUCUUCCGAAAGUCUUUUAUCCACCACCUGACGAACGCUGGGGAAUUGGAUCCACACUCAUCAAAAUCUGGAUAUUUGCUACAUUUAUGCCAUUUGGAAGCGGCAGCACCACUUCAAUUAUUUCAACGUCUCGAUCCCCCGUAACUACCCUCCCGGUUACUUCAACUGGUACUCUCUCCAAACCUUUAUCUCCUACUUCUUCCAUUUCAUCAUCUCCUUCGACUUGGUCUCAUUCGUCGAACUGUCAUGAUGUCUGCGUAUGCGUUGGUUCCGAAGGUAAUACGACUCCCUCCAUAACAGCAUUCGCCACCUCUAUCCUUGCAAGUUCUCCUUCGUCCAGCGUCAACAUGUCAUAUUCAACAGGUACAGGUCACAGUUUUCCAACAAGCAACAAAACCUCUUCUUUUCAGCAUCAUACCUCAUCCUCCGUGGCAUGUUACCCCACCACCAUCCUUGGGAGUCCUCUCUCGUCUAGUGUCAGCAUGUCGUAUUCAACAGAUUUUUCUUCUGUAUCGGCAGCCUUUAAUUCAGCGACCGUGUAUGUUCCGCCAGUGGAUCCAUCAGCAGGAAUGUCGAGUAUUGCCACAUCCAUCGUCGCGCAUACUUCUUUAACACCGUCCAUGGCUACUUCAACAGGUUCAGAAAAUAGAUUGACUUCUCUAGUGUUACCUAGUUCCUUUGCGUCAUCUACUGUUGAAGUUAAAUAUACCGCUAUGUCGAGCUACGAUGCCGCGAAACCUGAUUCAUUACAUUCUACUGCUCCUAUGACAACUUCCCCAACUGCCUUGACAUCUUCAUCAUCUACUGUUUCUCACGAAGUUAGUAGGACUAUGAAUUCUGAGGCUGCAGCGAAAUCCACGACGGAAACCAAUCCAACACAGUCUACAGCCAGUAUGAAAACGUCAACAACUUUCACUGUGCCUCCGACUUCUUCUUCUUUAAUUUUGUCAAUUUCCUCAGCUUCAUCCACUAAUAGCCAUGGCUUUACAACAGUUACCUCGACCCAUGGUGCUGAGACAUCCUCUACAGAUACUUUAAUAAGGUCAGAAUCUUCCUCUAUGCCUUUAGCAAGAACUUCUAAAUCGUCUUCUCUUACUCCGUCAGUAUCGUCAACUUUCUCAACACUCUCGAUUUCACCUUCGCCCUCAACAUCCUCGAUGACCUCAGUGACAUCUACCACGGUAUCCUCAGCGGCCAGUCCUUCCUUGUUAACAACCUCUUCGACUCCCUCUACAAGCGAAUCAGCUUCUUCUUUUACAUCCACGACCUCUCCAGACUCCACUUCUGUAAUUUCACCGACCGCCACUGCGACCGUAGUAGCAUCGUCUACUGCUCGGAUUGUUUAUGCGCCCCCACCGCAAGUUACCAGCGUGAAGUUCAGUAAGACAGCCACAAAAAUUCUGAUUCAGUUUAAUGUAGAGGUGCAAUUUGUCAGUGCAGAGGAAACCUGCGACGAGUUCUUUAACAAUGCGACAGUAACAACGUUAGGUGGUUAUGCCGAGUGUUCCCUGGGCCAUACGAAAGAGGUAGAAAUAAUCCUUGGAGAGGGUGCAACCAUAAAUGUUGGAGACCCUAUAGAGUUUAAGGCUGAUGUGUUCAAGGCCCAUAAUGAAGAGAACGGCAGGUUUCUCAAUGGUUCGUCCUCAGUUGAUUCACCAGAUGUUCAUUUAAAACCAGUGCCAAUAAUCAAAGGUCCCAAUGUUCUUUCGUCUUGUGGAAAUCUCUCCCUCUCUGGAUCUCAGUCUUUUGGAAGCGGUGGCAGGCCACUCAUUUUCAAAUGGUCCCUGAUAUCGCCUAAUGCUGGAAGUAACGUCACAGCUAUAACAGAUAUCCUCAGUAAUCUAAGUUCAAACAGUGACCGUGUUGAAAUCCCAGGUUCUCUGGUUGAGUCUAACGAAACGUACUUGUUCAAGCUCGAGGUGGCCAACUUCCUAAACACUUCAGAAUUUGAAGAAACUACUCAUUCAGUUAUAAAAGUGUCUGAUCCAGUCCCAGCGCUGACUUUAAGUUCCAGCAUCGAUCUUAGUGAAGGGAAAAUGUUUGUUUCUGAGGAGUUCCAUAUCAGGGCAACAGUGAUUGUUGCUCCUUGUGCGAGCGACGCCAGAGUACAAACUUCCUGGGCUGUGACAUGCAGUGAUCCUAGCGCUAAAGACAAGGUUGAGUCCAGUGAUGGGUUCCGGGCGACUAAAAAUCAAAACACCCUCAAGAUAAGCAAGGGCGUGUUUACCAGUGACGUCAACUGUACAUUUACUGUGACUGCAAGUAUGAAAUACGAUCCUAGUGUUAAGACCUCCAUCAGCCAAGACAUCAAAGCCUUGCCCAGUCCUCUGGAAGCCGCCAUACUUGGAGGCGAUCGACUUAUUGGUCGUAACAGCGGUGCAAUUAAACUGGACGCCAAAACAUUGACCAUCGAUCCUGAUGGAACGAACCAUGAGUUAUCUUGCAGCUGGAGUUGUGCAGUUCUUGGCGGUGGCUUAUGUAAUCCCACCGUGGAUAAUGACUUUAUACUUUCUACUGCCAAUGGCUGUAUAACCGAAGUGCAGAGUAACCAUUUCUUCGCUGGGAAAACUUAUGUAAUCAGUGUGGAUGUUACAAAAGGUUCCCGGUCUGCUGCGGCCUCCAUAGAACUAACUGUGGUGGAAGGUGAACCACCAGCUGUGUGGGUGGAUGUAGCAAACAUAAAAAUGAACCCAAAUGACAGACUGACACUGCAGGGAUACUACAAAACAAACACAGAGCCUACUAAGGUGGAAUGGAGCUGUUCAGAAGAACAAGGAUUUUCUUUUGUGGAACUGAGUGGGUACAAUCCUGUCACCUCGUUUAAGCCUGGCAACAACUCAUUUGUUCUUUUGACGUUGCCCUUAAAUCUUCUCAAACCUGACUCAAAAUAUCGAUUCAAGCUGACAAUAAAUGAAGGAAAUGAAGAAGGUGAAGCGUCUCUGGCAGUACACGUGAGAGCAGGACCCACUGCCGGACCGUCUGCCGGUUUGUCUGUGUCGCCAAUCUCCGUCCAAGCACUGAAUGUUGUUACUCUGUCAGCUUCUGGAUGGGUAACUGACCAGGAUGCUUAUCCUAUACGAUACUCAUUUGGCCUGCUGGUCGAAAAAGAUGUUUGUGAGGCCUUUGGACUUCCCUCAAACGAUCUUGAACGAGAACAGAUAGUGCCCCAGGGAUCCGGUUCAGAUUACAUCCUUUCUCUGUGUGUGGUGGUCUUGGACAAGUUUAACUCGUUUGCCAUAAGGACGUUUAACAUCACCUCAAGUCCACCAAGUAGCGAUGAUUUGACCCCAGAUGCUCUGGAAAGCUUGCUUCAAAGUACCGUAGACAAUCCCUUACAGAGUGGUAAUGUUGAUGGAGCCCUUGGCGCUGUAAUGAGUAUCGUGGACACAGUGCAGACGUCUAAUGAAACUACAGAUGAGGUUAAGACCAACAUUUCUCGAAGAACAGAAGAAGUUGUGCUGGAUAUUGUUGAGUCCACUGUGAUCGACCAGGAUUUAGCAUUUCCACUUUUGACUGUUCUCGUCAAGACGAAUAUAACAGCAUCGGAGAACAGUUCUAGGACGGCUAACGCUGCAUUGAAAAUUCUGCAAAAACUAGACGAUAAACCACUAUCGGAUGAUUUAGCAGGGGACUUUUACACAUGGGUUGCUGACCUUGCGGAUGAUUCUAUUGACAACAACGACGGCUUGAAAGAGACUGUAGGAAAUGCAUUGGAGAAAUUUGCGGAUAACAUUGGGACGGAAUUAAAGUGCGGGGAUCCUCCCAGGGAAGUAUCCGAUGACAGACUGGGAUCAGUCAAGGUGCAGGUGGCGGAAUUAAAAGAAGAAAUCGUAUCAAGCAGUAGGCCUGGAGCCCCAAGAUUUGACCCGGGCCCACAACUAUCUAAAGAGUACAGUGGUACGAGGGAGUGCGGAGGGGGAAAACUCUGCUGUGGUGUGUUUUUGAAGAUGAUUCGGUACGAGAAGAAUCUAAUUGUAGCAGAUGAAAGCAAACAGACUGAUGACUCUCAAGUUGUCAGCUCUCAGAUUAUUGGUGUGGAUCUGCGCGAUCCUAUUACGAAGACUCCGCUUGUGAUUCAAAGCCUUGUACACCCUUUGAAGCUCUUCUUUUUCAUACCAUCAGUACCGAAAGAGAAAAAGCUUGGGUGUGUCUAUUUCGAUGAGGAUAAAAUGGUCUGGUUAAAAACCGGUUUGAAGGCAGUAGGACCUGUUUCUAGCAAUUUUACUUGUGAGUCUACGCACGCCACCUACUUUGCUCCGUCUCACGAUUCAGUCUUGACUAAAGAACAAUCCUCAACUGACGCUACAGGCGCCAUCGUUGGUUUGGUGAUGGGUUUACUGAUGGGACUUUUGGCUGUCCUUCUUGUAAUUUUAUUCAUCUUGUGGAAGAAACAUCAAAAAGUAACCACAGAGCUUCCACAACUCGAGCACAGACUUUGAUAUUCUGGCGAAAUCAACUCAACAAAACGACAGUGGUUUAGCGUGGUCUGUACUCUUAUCGACAAAGAUAUUCGUCGACACAGUGGUCAAAAUAUUGUGUACUCAGGCAUGACGUGUAGUUGAGUGAGUUCGUGACAAAUAUUGAGCGCUGUAACGACGAAUAUCCUUGUUGAUAAGUGUACAAACUGCGAUAAACCGCUGUCGAUUUGUUUUUUGCCACAAUAUCGCCUUCAACAUUUCUGGGGCACUGCGUAAAACUUUGACCCCAGUAGCGUCGUCUGUACUCUUAUCGACAACGGCAGAUUGGCCAAUCAAAUUGCGACAUUGUGGUAAAAUCAUAAAUUGUUUCCUCUACUUUAUAACUUUUGUCAUUUAUUCAUUUUUGGUUGCUAAAGAGCCUUGCCUCGAGAUAUGAGACCUCUUGGUGUUUCUUUGCUCUAACACACGCUGCCGAAUAGCUAUUUCCAUCGCCGUCUUCGUCGGUGAUAAACGCUUUAAACUGUAAGGAUUGGAAAGUCUCUAGGGAAAGGUGUGAACUCGAAAUUAUGGUUGUUUAAUUCUCAUUUACUGAGGAGUAGUUUUGGCGACGUAAAUCAGAUGUAAUGGUAGACUAAGACUUCAGAUGGGUAAAGUAAUCAGGUGGAAACGUUGAACAGUUUUGUUUUGCCUACAUUUGUAAAUAUUUUCAUAGAGUUUUUCCUAUAAGUUAAGUAUAACUAAGCAUCGAUGAGCGAAUUGGAGCUCGCUUAGGCCCGGUUCAAACGUCGAAUUUCACAUUUUCCGAACUUAAUGCGAGAGUUAAAUGCCUGUGAAGUGCAACGUUUGAAUCAAUUAAAUUCGACUGUUUUAAAUUAAAUGCGACUUUUGCCGUAUCUGCGACUGAAACAGUCGAAGAUUCCACUUUGGUUCGACUUUUGAUUCAAACGUCGCAUCUCACAUGUGCCGAUAAUAAUCCAUGAAUUACAGGAAAUUAUUAUAAUUCAUUUAUUACCCACAACUCGCCAGGAAUUCUAUGAAUGCCAUGCGCGAAAAAGCUAAAACAGCACAAAGAAAUGGUGGGAGAUGAAGGAAUUUGUAGUUCUUGCUUUGAAAAGACAAAAUACAGUUGUUUGACGUGCGGUAAUUACUUUUGUAUGAGGUGUUCGGUUUUUUUAAAACGAAGAGGGCACUCAUGGGUGGAAGUAGGAAACUCUGUGGCAUAUUGUGGGUCGUGUUUCAAUGUAAUGAUGGAACGUGAAUCAAGUGAAAGUAUCAUGACGAAAAGCCAGGAUAAAGAAGUAAAAACAAACAGCAAAACAAGAGCAUCAGGGAAGCAAUUAAGCAAACGCUCAAUAGACGUCUUCGUCUAGCAAAUAAGUAGUGCGCCUGGGAAUAUUGACAGCGAACAGAGUUAAUGCGACAGAGUUAAAUUCGACGUUUGAAUCAAACGCCGUAUUUAACUAUUUUAGUCGACUAAAAUAGGAGUUAAGUUCGGCACAUGUGAAAUUCGACGUUUGAACUGGGCCUUAGCGAGUUUACAUUGACUACAUGAUAAAUCAUUGUUUGAAAUAAUUGAGUUGUUGAUUAUCAAGUUAUUACGCCCUCUAUUGCUUCACACUACUCCUAGAUUGUGUACCAUUAACACUAUAAAACUUCACUUCCUGCUAUAAGUGGGAAUUUUUAGAUUCGUGCACGUUUGAAAUUUGGACAUAAAAUAUGUUUUAUCUAGUAAGACAUUAACGUCAUCGUAGUUAGAAGAGGAGAAUAUUGUAGAGAAAAAAAAAACAAACAAGACAAAACAAAAACAUGUUAUUGUUUGGAUAAUGGUUUUCUUUUUAUGUUUGUUGUAAUUUGUUAGAGAAUAAAUA